AUGCGUCAAGAAUCCGUCAGAAAAGAUGUCGAACGUGCUUUUGGAGUAUUGCAAUCGAGGUUUGCAAUAGUUAAAAACCCAAUGAAACUAUGGGAUAAGGAAAAGAUAGGAAGGAUUAUGAGAACUUGUGUCAUACUGCACAAUAUGAUAGUAGAGAAUGAACGCGACGGAUACACUCUGUAUGAUACAUCCGACUUCGAAGCAGGAGAGUCAAGCAGAAGUUCGAAGGUGAAAAGGAGAGAAAGUGUGAAUAUCCCUAAUAUGCUUGGGAUUCGGAAUCAAAUUCGGGAUCCACAGAUACAUGAUCGUUUGAAAGCUGAUUUAGUUGAAAAUGUAUGGGAAAAACGUGGUAAUCAUGAUGAAUAA